AUGGCGCAUGCAUCUUGUGAGAUAAUUUGGUUGAGAUACUUGCUACAAGAUUUUCAAGUCAAUAUCCAAGAGCCCGCUGUUUUGCAUUGUGACAAUCAAGCUGCACUACACAUAGCAGCCAAUCCAGUUUUUCAUGAGCGUACAAAACAUAUCUUGGUAUUGGAGAAAAUUCAAUCUGGGAUGAUUACUACUGCAUACACGCCUUCUUCCCACCAGUUGGCAGACAUCUUCACAAAACCACUUGGAAGAGAUUCCUUCAAUAUAAUUAUUCGCAAGUUGGGAGUUCUGAACCUUCACUCUCCAACUUGA